AUGGUUUUAUCAUUAGAACGCGUCGCAUUUGACAAGAUUACGGCGCGUAUUAAUAAACUAUGUUAUGGACUUGAUAUGAAAUUUAUUGACCCUGUCGCGAUAGCACAAAAGGUGGUAUCAGGUGUUUACCAAGGUGUUAGUACGGUAGAGCUUGAUAAUUUAGCAGCAGAAACAGCCGCAUACAUGACAACAAAACAUCCCGACUACGCAAUUUUAGCAGCUCGAAUUGCCAUAUCAAAUCUCCAUAAAGAAACGCAAAAAGUGUUUUCGACCGUGAUACACGAUCUAUACACGUAUGUCAACCCUAAAACGGGGAAAUCUGCGUCCAUGAUCUCUGAACCGAUUUACAACAUUGUGCAAAAACAUUCGAGUCGACUUAAUUCCGCCAUCAUCUACGAUCGUGAUUUCAUGUACAAUUACUUUGGUUUUAAGACGUUAGAACGAUCGUAUCUGUUGAAAAUUAACGGCAAAGUCGCGGAACGCCCUCAACAUAUGCUUAUGCGUGUUGCGGUCGGUAUUCACGGCGAAGACAUCGAUGCGGCUAUUGAGACGUACAAUCUGAUGAGUCAACGAUUCUUUACUCAUGCUUCGCCUACGCUAUUUAACGCCGGUACGCCAAGACCUCAACUCUCCAGUUGUUUCUUAUUGACGAUGAAAGAUGAUUCUAUUGAAGGAAUUUAUGAUACUUUGAAAACUUGCGCAAUGAUCUCGAAAACCGCUGGUGGUAUUGGGCUCAACAUUCACAAUAUUCGUGCAUCUGGCUCAUACAUAGCCGGAACUAACGGUUAUUCGAAUGGCAUUGUCCCGUUACUUCGUGUAUUUAAUAAUACAGCUCGAUAUGUGGAUCAAGGUGGAAAUAAACGUCCCGGAGCUUUUGCCAUCUAUUUGGAACCUUGGCAUGCUGAUAUUUUCGACUUUCUGGAUUUGAAGAAAAAUACCGGGAAGGAAGAAAAUCGUGCUCGUGACUUAUUUUAUGGUCUCUGGAUUCCCGAUUUAUUCAUGAGAAGAGUUGAGUUGAAUGGUGAUUGGUCAUUGUUUGAUCCUAAUGAGGCGCCAGGAUUAUAUGAAGUAUGGGGUGAAAAGUUUGAUCAAUUAUACGAAUCUUAUGAACAAAAAGCCCUAGCAAGAAAAACAGUUAAAGCUCAGAAAUUGUGGUAUGCGAUUCUAGAUUCGCAAAUUGAAACCGGAACACCCUAUAUGUUAUAUAAGGAUGCGUGUAACCGCAAAUCAAACCAACAAAAUCUCGGUACAAUAAAGUGUAGCAAUUUGUGCACUGAAAUCAUCGAGUAUUCGAGUUCAGACGAAGUGGCAGUGUGCAAUCUUGCUAGUAUCGCUUUACCCUCCUUUGUGAUUAAUAAGAAUGAGUAUAAUUUUCAAGAAUUACAUGAUGUCACAAAAGUUGUUGCACGUAAUCUCAACAAGAUUAUUGAUAUUAAUUUCUACUCCGUGGAAGAGGCACGACGAUCAAACAUGCGUCAUCGACCGAUAGGAAUUGGCGUUCAAGGAUUGGCUGAUGCAUUCCUUGCAAUGCGCAUUCCUUUUGAUUCGACACGCGCUCAAGAACUCAACAAACAAAUCUUUGAAACAAUAUACCAUGGGGCUCUCGAGGCUUCAUGCGAACUCGCAAAAGAGCAAGGUCCUUACGAGACUUAUCCAGGUUCACCGGUAUCAAAGGGAAUUCUGCAAUACGAGAUGUGGAACGUUGAACCAACGGACCUUUGGAACUGGGACGAACUGAAACAAAAAAUUUCGCAGCAUGGUGUUAGAAAUUCUUUGCUUUUGGCACCGAUGCCCACCGCAUCAACCUCGCAGAUUCUAGGUUUCAACGAAUGUUUCGAACCAUAUACCAGUAAUAUUUACAUGCGUCGUGUGCUAGCUGGUGAAUUUCAGGUAGUAAAUCCUUGGUUAUUGAAGGAAUUAGUGGAAAUGCAACUAUGGAGCGAAAAAAUGAAAAACAGGAUCAUUGCGGACAAUGGAAGUAUACAAAAAAUUUCUGGAAUCCCCGAUGAAUUAAAAGCUUUAUUCAAAACGACAUGGGAACUUUCACAAAAAGUCAUUAUUGACAUGGCAGCCGAUCGUGGUGCAUUCAUCGAUCAAUCACAGAGUCUUAAUAUACAUAUUGCAGAGCCAAAUUACGCAAAACUUACUAGUAUGCACUUUUAUGGAUGGAAAAAAGGACUUAAAACAGGCAUGUACUACCUCAGAACGAAACCUGCAGUGGACGCCAUCAAGUUUACUGUCGAUCAAACGUCUCUCAAAGAAUCGAUCGCGAUGGACGAAGAAAUGGCAAAAAAUGCAGCUGCAGUUGCUGCAUUAACUUGCUCGCUCGAGAACAAGGAAAAUUGUGUAAUGUGUAGUGGUUAA